AGAAUUUUUUUUUGGCCAUAGCAGCAGCUUACUAAUUUGCGAAACAAUCUGAAAAAAUGGCUGGUGAACACGCCGAUGAUGCUAAACUGUCCGGUUUAUCCAAACACUUCAAUGGCACGACAAUGCGCGGCCGUGCCAACGUGGCUAAGGCUACGUACGCAGUCGUUGGUCUGGUGAUUGCCUGGCAGAUUGUGAAGCCCAAGAAGAAGUAGAGUGUUGCAUGAUCCAGAGCUGCCAUUUGAUUUGGACUGGCGAGUCCUGUGGCCGUCGCGGGGAGAGCAGCAACGGCUCCUGAAUGCAGGAGGAGCUAUGUAAACUUAUUUGUAGUGCGAGACCUUUAAGGAAUAAAUAUGUUGGAUAUUUAACACACUAUAAACACACAA